AUGGUUUCGGACUCAAGAGAAGACAACAGUUGCGGAGAUACUCCGCAAGAGUGGCUCAAGAGGUUAACCGUAAAAGUUGAACCCGAGUCAAAUGACGCGGUUUGCAACUCGGAGCAACCAGCGGAAUCCGCUGGUAUUCUCUCUUCUGAGGGAAUUUCCUCUGAAUAUCUUCCGAUUUCUUCAAAGAGUGGCAAAGUAAAGAGCAAGAAAGAGCGUAAAAAAUCAUCAUCUGGGAAACCUCCAAAAGAUGAACGUGUGCUGAUCCCUAAGGAAGCUCCGGUGUAUGUACCUGCUCUUGCCCCUUCUUUGCUUCCUUUUGGUUCCUCUCAAGUGGUGACAAAAGGAGAAGAAACAUUUUCUGCGGAUCAGCUGCAACUAUUGGAGCUUGCGGGUCCUGGUGCAAAGGGUCUGUGGCGUUUGCAUGCACGUAGUGGUAUAAACUAUCGUAAAGGACCAUUUACAACAGAGGAGAAGUUAAUAAUAGAAGAAGCAUUAGAUCAAUAUAUGCAGAGGGAAGGAUUUAGUACAUUAGAGGAGGCUGUACAAAGUUUAACAGGGAAUCUAGGUAAGAAAAGUGCUGGCCGUUUUCAGGCAAUUGCUCGUUGCCUUCCUGAUAGACCCUUUGUGUCUGUUUAUGGAUAUAUUCGUCGUCGUAUAACAGGAAGUGUUAAGAGAGGAGUCUGGUCUAAGGAGGAGACGCAUCAGCUGCUGCUGCUAGCUAGACGUUUUCCUUCCUCCCUAAGAGGAAGAUGGGUAAAGAUAGGAAAUAUAUUGAAUAGGAGACCAGCAGAUGUAUGCGAUAGAUGGCGAACUGUGCAGCCCCGUCUACAUGAAUUAGAGGCAGAGUUACUGCAUGCAUUAGAGGAUAAAGCAGCAGCAGCAGCAGCAGCAGCAGGAAAAGGAGAAGGAGAAGAAGCUAAUCUUGCUGCAGUAAAUACUGCUGCUGUUGUUGCUGCUACUAGAUUAAAUACAGAGGAGAAGGUGCUGCUGCUGCAGGAGGUGCAGCAGAAGACAGGAGAGGAGCUUCCUUGCUUCGGUAUACCAUGGCAACGAAUAAGGGAGGAAACUUUUCCCCUAAAAUCGCAUGCAUGCUUACGUUGUGUAUAUAAUUUAGUUAUAUUACCUGAGGAAUUAUAUAAACGCAUGCAAGCAAAUCCUCGUCCUGUUGUGCUGCGUCAUGUAUUACGGUGCCUUGGUCGUUUGCUGCUGCAGCAGCAGCAGCAGCUACCUCCUGGUCUACGAGGUAUUGAAUGGUUAGAUAUUCUUCCUUUUGUUCCUGCUUCCCUACAGCUAUCUGUAUUAAAGGAAGCAGCAGGAAGUAUAAUGAGGGAAGAAGGAGUACCUAUAGAGGUAGCAGUGCCUCGUCUGCUGCAGCAGCACGAAUAUCGUCUAAAUAAGACAAGAAAAAAAGAUGCAGCAAGACUACUUCGUGCUGCACUUCCGGUGUACGUACAGCAGAAUCUUGAGGAGGAAAUAAAAAAAAAAGGAAAAGAAAAAAAUUGGUCAGAGGAUAAAUUAAAGAAGAAAAUGAGGAGAAAAAGGAGAGCAACAGCAGCAAAAGAAUUAGCACGUCUUAAGGAAAGAUUAACACAAAUAAGGGCGUGUCCUCUUAAUGCUCCUCCUCGUGGUUGUCCUCGUUAUAUACAAGAUGAGCAGCAGCAAGCAGCAGAAGCAGCAGCAAGAGAAAAUGAUCCGUUAUUAUUAGCUGCAGCAGCAGCAGCAGCAGCAGCAGCAGAUGAAGAAAAUGCAGAAGAACUUGCAGUUGCUGCUCUAUUAGAGAAUUCAUUUACUGAUGGAUUACCAUCACAUCUAAUAGAGGAAACAAUACAAGAAAAUAAAGAAAAAAAGAAGGAAAAAAAGAAAAAAAAACAUAAAAAUAGAGAAAUGGAUAAUUAUAUACAAGAAGAAAAUAAUGAAGAAGAAAUAGAGACAGAAUACCAACAGGAGGAGGAACAAGAAGAAGAAAGGGAAGAAGAGGGGAAAGAUGGAGGAGAAAGAGGAGGAGAAGAAGAAGGAGAAGAAAUAGUACACAAAAAGAAAAAAGAAAAAAAGAAACAUAAAAUAGCAAAUAGGAUGGAGGAGGAGGGAGAAGAAAAAGAAGAAGAAAGAAAAGAGGAGGAGGAAGAAGGAGAGCAUCAGCUUACUAUAGAUGAAUUAACAAGAGAAAAAAGAAGAAAAAAGAAGAAAAAGAAGAAAGAAAAAGAAAAGGAAUAUUAUUUAGAUAAUUCAUCUACAGCAGCAGAGGAAGAAGAAGAAGAAAAAGAAGAAAAAGAAGAAAAUAAUGAUUAUAGUUGUCUAGUUGUUGUUCCUAGUAAACAAAAGAAACAUAAAGAAAAAAAACAUAAAGAAAAAAGAAAAAGAGAAGAGGAACAAGAAGAAGGGGAUAAAGAAAUAGAAGAAAAAGAAGAAGAAAAAGAAGAAGAAAUAGAUGAAUUAAGAGAAGAAAAGAAAAAAAAGAAAAAAAGAAAAAAAGAAAAAUACUCCUAUUAUGAACAAACUGCGGGAUUCGGUGUACACUACUAA